AUGCUGUUUUUCCUGCGUUCUCUCGUUUACUGCGAGCUUGGACUGCUUUUUGUGUUGCAUGCAACGGAGCUGCAGGCCCAAGCUCUCAAAGCAGUUGGCAAGUCUUAUCAUGAAAGUUCAUCACCAUCUCGACUUACAUCUAGCCUUCGAGAUGCAGGGCGACCUGCCGUAGAAGAAGCUGAAGUUGUUCUGAUGUCUGUCGACGAGGAAGACGAAUAUCCUGAUAAAGGACCUUUGUCUCCCAUUUCCCAUCAGUCUUCUUUGAAUACCGAGAGGACUCUUUCCAGAUAUAAGAAAUUACGAACUGGUAACUGCAAUAAAUGUAUGAAGAUGCUUUCGAAGAACACAAGCUUCUGCAUCCUCAAACAUUCAUAUGGAAUUGAAACAGUUGUAAAGAAUCGGGUGGAACCAGGAUUUCAAGUAUUAGUGGUACAUGUUGAUCAUCGUGAUUUUCAUCUUGGUCAGACAUCAUCAGAGCUAGCACAGCUAUUCUAUCCUUCAUCAAAGACAAAAUUCAACCCUCGAUUUGGGAAAUGCCGCUGUAGUCCUUCAGAAAUGAAACGAAAUGGUGGAAAAGCUGCUCUUCAAGUUCAAAUUAAUUAUAAUAAUGGAAUAUCCAAAUCAACAGAGCAGAUUGUUAGAAGACUUGUAAAAAGGUUGUUGAAGCUGUCUUGUGAAAGAGAAGACAACAGCAAAUUAUAUACAGAGAAAGUUAGGUAUGACACUGGCAUUUCUGUAGGAGCUCUCAGAAUUGCCUCUGACGAAGACAAACAACCACUAGUGUUGAAAGUGGUCAGUAGAAGGGGAAGGAACUUCAAAGUUGAAAAGAACAAGGAAGACAGAGAUGAAACUCCUAUCCCCAAACUACGUUACCAGCCACAUUUGUUAGUCAACUCUUCAAAAGUUUCACUUCACAAAACAGGAGUGGCAGUUUCAAAGACAUAUGGAAGGGUGCAGUAACUAAACUUCCCUAAUCAUCUACCACACAAAUGGGUGUGUUAGACAUAACUGAUUGUACGAUCAGCCCCUUGAAUUCAUACUAAUUGUUACUGAAUUUAGCUUUUAGCAACCAUCACUUUCCCAAACUUUCUGAUUCAAUUUAAUUUAAAAGAUGCCACUUCUUCUACAUCAUUUACGUCAUGACAAUGUUUUCCUUUGUAAAAGCAUUUCAUGCGACAGCCUCAGUAAACUUGUGGACUGCAUGCUUAGACCAACUGCUAAAAAUUAUAAAUAGUAGAGCAGUCACUGUAGCAAAGAUUUUGUUGAUCUUAAUUUGCAUUCUUCUGAUCAUGACAAAGACUAUAAGUUGACUCAAGUAUAUCAGCUAUGCUGUUUCUUGAAUUUCACUAAGUAACAUAUCCAGAUGAAUAGGAGAACACUUGUAGAAGAGCUAUAUACGUUGAGCGUCUGCCUUCAUUCUCUUCCCUUGUAGUUGUUGUGAUCUAGCUGUGUUAAUCAGCUGGACUAGACGUUCUACAGUAUAAAUAAUAA